GCACAAACAAACACCGCCAGCCGUGCUGGGGCUCGGGCGGCCGUGUGCUGUGGUCCUGUUGGUUCCACGGCCUAACCAGCCUCUUCAAACCCUCAAGAAUAAGUGAUAUAACGCAGAACAGCCUAACUAGCCCCCUUAAACACCCCAGAAGAAGAAGGAACAGGUCAAAAGAAGAAGGGUGCGAGCAACAACACGUGUGGAGGGAGAGACGGAGGGAUGCUGCGGGGAAGGGACGGGGAGGAAGACAACAGAAAAGGACGGGGAGUAGAAGACACCCUCAGAAGAAGAAGAGGAGGAGGAAGAAGGCCUUCAAAGUGAUAUACACAAAACUAAAGACAUCAAAACAAGAGAACAUCCCAAGCCAUGUCCCUAAGACGCCCCAACUCCAUCUGCUACAUGAGCCUGGCCGAUGCCUUCCUGACGCGGCUUCGGCAGGAGGCGGAGAGCAGGUCCAAGAGUGCCAUGGGGAAGGGCGUGGCGCUGGAGGUGGUGGCGGUGGAGGGGGACAGGCAGGAGUUCAUCUACGGCUACCUGACGAGGGUGUACGAGCGGCGGCAGGGCACCUUCAGCAAGCCCAAGGUGUUCGCCAAGCAGACCAUCUAUGAGUGUGAACGCAGCGCCCAGUGCAAGGGCAACUCCAGCGGGGACCCUACCAAGACGCGGGCCAAUGGAUGUUCGGCAUACGUGUCUUUCCUGUUCGAAGAGGGAGCCACUGUGACUGCUUGUGUCGUGCGAUCGCGUCUCACACACAACGGACAUGACCCCACCAACAGGGAGGAAUCACGCGUCAGCCGCAUUGACCUCUCCCUUCGCUUCAUGAUCGAGGGGCGGCUGAGUGCGGGGAUGCGGGUCAGCGAGGUCAUGGGUGAGGUCGCCAAGUGGAACAAGACUCAGGGUUACAGCGACCACCACAAUCGGCGCUUCUUCCCAACACGACAAGACAUCCAGCAAAUCGCGCUCUCCCUACGGCGUCUCCAGCGAUCCCUACACCCCAGUCAAGCCCCCCGGAGGAAGACGAGGCAGUACGACACCCCAGGGAAGGACGGUGCGACUAGGGUGCUGAGGGGGGAGCUGCGGGAGUGGUGUGUGUUCCAUCAGACGAGGACAACUGCUGGUCCGUCCCCGCGGCCGCUAGUUGUGGUGUUGCAGAGUGAUGCGAUGAGGGAUGUGAUGGUGCGAUUCGGGGAGGAGGUGCUGUGUAUUGCGAGGAACUAUGAAGGGCUGCGUCAGUAUGGGUGUGCUGUGUAUGUGUUAGCAGUGCGCGACGGGGGGGGCGGCGCGCACCCUGGGGCGUAUGUCAUCACCAGCAAUGAUGAGCCGAAAACCUUCACCAAAGCACUACGGGAACUCCUGACACACUGCCCCCUCAUGCCCAGAGUCGUACUAAUGGACCAGGAGCUGAAGGGUUUUUCUGAGGCUCUGGCAACACUGCUUCCAGAGACCACCUUCCUCAUCCCUUGGUACCAGGUGGCCCAGCAGGUACACGCAUGGCUGCAGAGUCAGGUGUCCGAUGACCCACACCUGCGGAGGAUGCUACUUCAGUGCCUGCAGGAGCUGAGGGGCUGCAGCACGAGGGACGCACUGAUGGAGGGUCUGGCCGGCCUUGGGGAGCAGGGCGGGCUUGAGGGCUUCACGGACAUGCUCUGGGCUGACUGGCUGACGUGUCCCGCCCUGUGGUGUGACUUCGGUAGGGCGGGAGUGUGGGAAACCAAAGCCCGGUCUGUUAUGUACGAGAGGUUCUUCUUGAGACUCCCGCACCAGCUCCUGAAGGGACUACACAGCCGGAGGAAGCUGCCCGACCUCCUGAGGCUCAUCGCGGAGAACGUGACCCAGCGGAAGAAUGCUUCCGAGGGCCUGCUAGACAUGUCCCUGCUACUGGAAGGGUCUGCAGGGGAGCACGCCAGGAGCCUCCUCAAACAGGGAUGGGGGGAGCUCGUAACUUGGCAGGGGGAGUGGGUGGCUCACGUCCCCUGCCACACCCUUCUCGAGACCUCCUACCGGAUCACCCUGCCAACCAUGGAGUGUGAGUGCCCCUGUCUCACCCUGGCGGGGCCCUGCGUGCACCUCUGCCUGGUCUCGACCCUGGCGCAGCUCCGGCAGGGCCCCUCGCUACAGGACGAACGGCAGAGGCUGGCAGAGGAGGCGUUGCAGCAAGGGAGUUAUCUUCUGGAAGGGGGGAUGUGUGUGGUGUUCCAUAGCGAAGGUGUGUGUGUGACAGGGGCCGGCGAUGGUGCGUGUGUGUGUACGUGUGUGUCAGACGCCCUUGGGACACCCUGCAUUGGCGCCCUGUUCCUUGGUCUGGCAGGGUUGGCAGGGGAAGGAGACCCAACACAUAUCCCUGACACCCUACCCAGUCCACCUAUCACAUCACUCAAGGAAGAACCAGACCCUUCACAUCUUCAUCAGCCCCUCAAACCAGACCCUUUAACCAUUCACCAGCCCAAACCAGCCCCUUCAUCCCUUCAACAGCCCAAAACAGCCCCUUCAGCCCCUCUCCAGCAGCCCCUUAUCCUCAUACAGACUCACACCGGCCUGCCAGUCCCCCAGACCCCUGAGACCAAGGACGCAGACCACAACCCAUCCUUAGACCAUCCUGUAUCCUCCAAAGACCUCAUCAAGAAGCUACAUGACUGGGCUGCCUCAAAGGACUUCAGAGACUCGGAGGUCCUUCAAAGCAUCCUACGGGCGGCCCAUGAUGCUGUUUUUGGAAGUCCUACGCAUCCUACGCUGACCUCAUCCCCUCCUAGACCACAAGCCUCAGGGAGUAGGAAGUUGAGGGCAGUGGUGAGGCCUGUCAAGAGGAGGAAGAAGGAGGAGGAGGAAGAGGAAGAGGAGGAGGGGUAUCUGUGGUUGCCUCCUCCCAAAGUGACUAGGAGUGGACGGACUGUGAGAAGCAAGGAGGAGCCAGACUUUGUGACCUGAGGAAGGGAGAGGAAGGGAGGGAGAGAGGGAGAGGAAGGGAGAAUGUUACAGAGAGGGAGAGAGGAGGAGGAGGAUUUUGUGUCACAGGGAGAGAGUAAGGGAGAGAAUGAGAGGAAAGGGAGGAAGGAAGGGAGAGAAUGAGAGAAAAGGGAGGAAGGAAGGGAGAGAGGGAGAGGGAGAGGAAGGGAGAAUGUUGUAGGGAGAGAGAGGAGGAGAAGGAUUUUGUCAGAGGGAGAAAGGAAGGGAGAGAUUGAGAGAAAGAAGGGAGGAAAGGAGAGGAAGGGAGAAUGUUACAGAGAG